AACAUUUGCAUUGUGAAUAGAAGAAUGAGUGGGAGUGAAGAAUGUGAAAUUGGUGAUAAUGAUGAGUAUGAGAAGGGUGAGAUGGAUGAGCUUGCUUGUAGGACUUUGGAACGUCGGGGUUGCCCUCAUGGGCGCCUUCCUCAUCUUGCUCACUUUCCGCCUCUGUCAUGCCUCCUUCUUGCUUCCCUUCGUCCUGGUUUCCUUCGCCGCUUUGCUUAGGGUUCUGCUCAUGAUUCUUACCGCUUCCGCCCAACAAGCCGCUGCCACCCUCAUCCUUCAACACUCCUCCUCCGAUCUCCUUAUACGCCUCCGCCGAAGGGCCAUGUAUAAGAAAUGGCUCUGCUUGAGUCGAUGUUCCGCUGUCCUCAUCGUGCUUCAAUUUCUCUCUGCUGCUUACCUUGUCCUCACCUCUUCCCACCAUUUCUCCACCUCUCAUUCUAAUCACCACUGUCUUUUAGAAUCCAAAUGGAACCACACGCCCGUAUCUAUAUUCAUCAUCCUCGUCUCUUCCGUUGCCGUUCUCCAGUGCUUCACCGGAUCAGAUAUUAUCAAAUGGAGGUCUUUCUAUGAAACUCAUGAUCACGCUUGGAAAUGCCACUACAGCGAGGUCUUCGAUCAUGGCAUUCGUGAGACCUUGUGUUGUCUAGGCCGCCUCCAAUACUUGACUACCUCCGAAGAAGAUGAAGUCUAUUCAGUUGCACGAUUAUUAGCUGAUCUUGUUGCUUAUCGCGCCUCCGGAACCGGCCAUAUGGAACUCUUGGCAGCUUUAGCUUUACUUCAAAGCCAUGGAAACUCUACCGAAUCCUAUGAAGAAUCCAUGGAAGCACCAGAGAUGAAAAUUAGGGAGGCUGAAGCUCUUCAUAAAUUUGCUGAAGCUGCGUACACGGGUCCAUUGCUUGAUGUUGGACGAAAUCCAUUUGUAUUUCCUUGUGCAUGGCUGUAUAGACAAGGGAUUUUGUCUCCUUGGACACGAAACAGACGACCUGUACUGGAUGGUGAUAACUGGUGGCGAGGUCAUGCUGCAGCCUUUCUAAAGUACGUCAAUUUGCCUCCAGAAGCGCUUAGACAUGGGCGAGUCAGCCAGGUCAAGUGUGAAGCUGCAUAUUUUAUUGUGGUUCUACAUCAACUUCAAUCUGUGGUAAUUGCUAUACGUGGAACUGAAACCCCAGAGGACCUAAUAACUGAUGGGUUAUGCAAGGAAUGCACCCUGUCUGUGGAUGACCUGGCUGGUUUGAUAAAUUGCAACUACAUUCAUUCUAAUAUAAAGAAAAAUGUGACUUCAUCAUUCCCCCACUAUGGGCAUUCAGGCAUAGUUGAGGCUGCACGAGAGCUUUUUAUGCAGAUUGAAGGAAAUCCUGAAGGGCCUGACUCGGAAUCCUAUGGACUUCUUUCUAAAUUACUGGGAUUUGGUUGUGAAUGCUUUGGGUAUAAUGUCCGCAUAGUUGGGCAUUCACUUGGGGGUGCUAUAGCUGCAUUGCUUGGACUGCAACUUUAUAACCGCUACCCUAAUCUGCAUGUUUACUCAUAUGGGCCACUCCCAUGUCUGGAUUUAGUUGUGGCAAAUGCAUGUUCAGAAUUUGUUACAAGCAUUAUAUUUGGAAAUGAAUUUUCAUCACGCCUUUCAAUUGGAUCCAUUAUGCGGCUAAGGGCAGCUGCAAUCACAUCACUAUCGCAAGAUCCUAAAGCAGAUAGUGCCAUGAUUUUCAAACUUGCCCAUAGGUUUCUAGAUGUAAGCAAAUAUCAGAGAAAUAAGUCCAAGGCAGAGGAUGAAUCUGAGUAUCAUUCAGGGGCCAUCCAGGAAGAUCUAAACCAUCAGAUCCGCAGAAGCCAGUGUGAGACUGAUAAUAAAGCAGGUAGCAUCGAACAAGAGGUUCAGGCUAUUAGAAAGGAUCUUGUUACUGCUGACUAUGGUGAAUAUAUGAAUCCUUUUGGAAGUGAAGAUUGCCUCAAUAAUGAGCAUGAACAAUGUUCACUUUGGUCUGACACUAGGGCAAGGGAUCAUAUCAUUGAAAUUGACAAUGCCGAAUUUACAAAUCCAUUUGCUAUAGAUGCACAUUCAAAUCAUGAUCCAGUGUCUCAGUUUAUAGAUACUGUUCCGAAUUCUGAAAAUCCAUCCGCAGAUGAUCCCCCAGAGCUGUAUCUGCCUGGUUUUGUAAUUCAUGUUGUACUGGAGAAGAAAAGACCUCAAACUGAUCUUAAGACAUCGUGGAGAAUGCUAGAGAGGGGAAAAUGUUAUAGAGCUUACAUAGCAAAUAGAGAAAGCUUCAAAGAUAUUAUUGUUUCACCAUCCAUGUUCCUUGACCAUCUUCCUUGGAGAUGUCACGAUGCCUUGCAAAAGAUAUUGAAAGCUCAAACUGCUAAAGAUCAAGUAACGGAACCUCACAUCAUCUGAUAUAUAUAUUUAAUAUCAAUGAACUUCUAUGAAAUGAUUUCACCGGUUCAGCCAAUUGUUUGGAUCGUGAGAAAUCAUUAAAAAAUAGGGAUCUACUUAUCAAAAGAUUUCCCUGAACAAUAGAACUUACUCUGGCAUUAUUGAACGCGAUAUGAUCUUGAUUAAUUUUUUGCUCCCGGUUCUCCGUACGAUGAUGCUUGUGAGUGAAAUCAGCAUCUAUGUCAUUUUAGAAAUAUUAAAUGUGCUUAUUUUCAUAUAUAUAGGGAGCGUAAAUAAUGAGAUGUGGUGGAAAUAAUGUUCGAAUGUUGA